AUGUCCCCAUCACAGAAAUACAGGUUAAUGGGCCAUCACCUGAUCCGAAGCUGCUUCUUAGUCAGUUCCAAAACCACAGUGUCAGAGCACGUCAAGAGCGAACUCCUUCCCGAAACGAAAGCCUCGUUUCCGGACAACCCUGAGAUGAAGAAGAUCCUGAUUCUGUUCCUUUCCUUCGCCUUUACUUCUGCUGCUGCCGACGCUUUCGCCGAGGAAUCCAGGGGCAAGACAGAGCUCCACCAGGGCGUCCUUAAAUACGUGUUGAAGUAUGGACUCAGAGGGCAAGGAGGCGUGGAGAGAAAGCGCAUGGCGAGGGCAGGCUUGUGUGAGAAACCUGAGACCCCCUCCUGUGAAGACUUUUUCGGUGACGCAGAUCCUUCUUGCUUUGGGGACAGAACUUCCUGUGAAAUUAAUGACUUAGGAAAAUGCAAACUGUGGUGGCAAGACAGCUGCAAAUGCGACUUUAUUGAGUGGAAUCGCUGUGGGGAGAGAUCGAACACCUUCUGCUGCAUUGAAUGCAGGAAUGACCUCGCCUCCGAGUGCUCGCGACGGGGAGGCGAGUGCCGGAAGACGUGCGCCAGGUUCCAUCGGGCCGUCAACACCUCGUGCUCCAGCCCUUCGUGUAGGUGCGUCGUGUGCACGGAAACAUAUAACUAA